AUGCUGCGCACCUCCAUCCGGGCGCUACAGAGCGCCGCGGCUUCAUCGUCGCGAUGCUUCUCGACAGCCACCGUCUCGGCGCGCGCCAACCUGAGGCCCGCCGCUGCCCGCCGCCCGCUCGCCAUCGCCGCCCAAAAACGCUUCGAGAGCGCCCUGCAUAACCCGCCCAACUCGAACGACAACUUCCUCUCGGGGAACACGGCGAAUUACAUCGAUGAGAUGUACCUGCAGUGGAAGCAGGACCCCGAGAGCGUCCAUGUUUCGUGGCAGGUCUACUUCAAGAACAUGGAGAGCGGCGAUAUGCCCAUCUCCCAGGCCUUCACGCCCCCACCGUCUCUUGUGCCCGGCAGCGAGGCUGUCGUUGGCCUCGCCGCCGGCGCUGGUGUUGGCAUUGGUGAGGGUUCCGACGUCGACAACCACUUGAAGGUCCAACUGCUCGUGCGCGCAUACCAGGCCCGUGGCCACCACAAGUCCAAGAUCGACCCCCUGGGCAUCCGUAAUGCUUCCAAGGGCUUCGGUAACAUCCGCCCCAAGGAGCUCGAGCUCGACUACUACCAGUUCACCGAGAAGGACCUCGAUACCGAGUACACCCUGGGUCCCGGUAUCCUGCCCCGCUUCAAGCGCGAGGGCCGUGAGAAGAUGACGCUCCGCGAGAUCGUUGAUGCAUGCGAGAAGAUCUACUGCGGCUCGUACGGCGUCGAGUUCAUCCACAUUCCUGACAGGGAAAAGUGCGAUUGGUUGCGCGAGCGCGUUGAGGUACCGCAACCCUUCAAGUACUCCAUCGACGAGAAGCGCCGCAUCCUGGAUCGUCUUAUUUGGAGCUCCAGCUUCGAAUCCUUCCUCUCCACCAAGUACCCCAACGAUAAGCGAUUCGGCCUGGAGGGUUGCGAGACUUUGGUACCCGGUAUGAAGGCGCUCAUUGACCGUAGCGUCGACUAUGGCGUCAAGGACAUCGUCAUUGGCAUGCCGCAUCGUGGUCGCCUUAACGUGCUGAGCAACGUCGUUAGGAAACCCAACGAGUCCAUCUUCAGCGAGUUUGCUGGUACUGCCGGUGCUGAAGACGAAGGUUCCGGUGACGUCAAAUACCACUUGGGCAUGAACUUUGAGCGGCCCACGCCCUCUGGAAAGCGCGUGCAGCUGUCUCUAGUAGCCAACCCGUCACAUCUGGAAGCUGAGGACCCCGUCGUGCUCGGCAAGGUCCGUGCUAUCCAGCACUACAACAACGACGAGGCUACCCACCGCAGCGCCAUGGCCGUCCUCCUCCACGGCGAUGCUGCCUUUGCCGCCCAGGGUGUCGUCUACGAGUGUCUCGGCUUCCAUUCCCUCCCGGCCUUCUCCACCGGCGGCACGAUCCAUUUGGUUGUCAACAACCAGAUCGGCUUCACCACGGAUCCUCGUUACUCCCGCUCGACCCCCUACUGCACGGACAUCGCCAAGGCGAUCGACGCCCCCGUCUUCCACGUUAACGCCGACGACGUCGAGGCUGUCAACUUCGUCUGCCAGUUGGCUGCCGACUGGCGCGCCGAGUUCAAGCAGGAUGUCAUCAUUGACAUGGUCUGUUACCGGAAGCACGGCCACAACGAGACCGACCAGCCGUCUUUCACCCAGCCCCUGAUGUACAAGCGCAUCCAGGAGAAGAACCCGCAACUCCAGAUCUAUGUCGACAAGCUCCUGAAGGAGGGUACUUUCACCAAGGAGGACGUCGAGGAGCACAAGCAGUGGGUCUGGGGUAUGCUGGAAGAGAGCUUCUCCAAAUCCAAGGAUUACCAGCCUACCUCUAAGGAGUGGACCACCAGUGCUUGGAACGGCUUCAAGUCCCCCAAGGAGCUAGCCUCCGAGGUGUUGCCACACAAGCCGACCGGUGUCGACCAGAAGACUCUGGAGCACAUCGCCGAGGUCAUCGGCUCCACGCCCGAGGGCUUCAACGCCCACCGCAACCUGAAGCGCAUUCUCACCAACCGGACCAAGUCCGUGCUUGAAGGCAAAAACAUCGACUGGUCGACCGCUGAGGCGUUGGCGUUUGGCACCCUCGUCACCGAGGGCCGCCACGUCCGCAUCUCGGGACAGGACGUUGAGCGUGGCACUUUCUCGCAGCGCCAUGCCGUCUUCCACGACCAGGAGACCGAGGACACCUACACGCCGCUCCAGCACCUGAGCAAGGACCAGGGCAAGUUUGUCAUUUCUAACUCGUCCCUUAGCGAGUUCGGCGCUCUCGGCUUCGAGUACGGCUACUCCCUGACCGACCCUAACGGUUUUGUCAUGUGGGAAGCUCAGUUUGGUGACUUCGCCAACAAUGCUCAAUGUAUCAUCGAUCAGUUCAUCGCCUCCGGUGAGCAGAAAUGGAUGCAGCGUACCGGCCUCGUCAUGUCCCUCCCCCACGGUUACGACGGCCAGGGUCCCGAACACUCCUCCGGCCGCCUGGAGCGCUUCCUCCAGCUCUGCAACGAGGAUCCCCGUGUUUUCCCCUCGGACGACAAGUUGCAGCGCCAGCACCAAGACUCCAACGUCCAGAUUGCCUACAUGACCACUCCCGCCAAUCUGUUCCACAUUCUCCGCCGCCAGAUGAACCGGCAAUUCCGGAAGCCCCUCAUCCUCUUCUUCUCCAAGUCGCUGCUGCGCCACCCUCUCGCUCGCUCCGAUAUUGAGGAGUUCACGGGCGACUCUCAGUUCCAGUGGAUCAUCGCUGACCCGGCGCACGAGGCUGGCGCCAUCAAGUCGCACGACGAGAUCGACCGUGUCAUCCUCUGCUCGGGCCAGGUGUAUGGUGCCCUUCACAAGUACCGCGGCGACAACAAGGUCGACAACGUCGCCAUUACCCGCAUCGAGCAGCUCCACCCCUUCCCGUGGGAGCAGCUGCGCGAGAACCUUGACAUGUACCCCAAUGCCAAGACCAUCGUCUGGGCCCAGGAGGAGCCCCUGAACGCCGGCGCUUGGAGCUACACGCAGCCGCGUAUCGAGACGCUGCUCAACCAGACGCAGCACCACCACCGUAAGCACGUCAUGUACGCCGGUCGUAACCCUAGCGCGUCGGUGGCUACGGGUCUGAAGGCGUCGCAUACCAAGGAGGAGCAGGAUCUCUUGGAGAUGGCCUUCUCCGUCAAGCAGGACAAGCUCAAGGGCGAGUAA